UCAAGAUGGCCGCCGCAUCAGCCCGGGGUGUCUCCGCGCUCCGUCGCUGCUGCCUCCUGGGACACCCGAUGUGAACCAGUCCACCUUGGUAGUGUUUUAGAACUUGUACCCAGCAAAUAUUAGAAAUCCUCUGUUGUUAACCCCCCCUCGGACUUUGGUGAGGCUGGUGUGACUGUAGUCUAGCAUAUGCUAUGUUGAGCAAGCCUCCGGGCAGUGCCAGCCUCCUUUCCUCCCUCCAGGACCAGGGCUAAACCUCUAUGGAUAUACAGUCAUCAUGGUGAAGCUGGCAAAUCCUCUAUACACGCAAUGGAUCCUGGAGGCCAUCAGGAAGGUUAAGAAACAGAAGCAGCGCCCAUCGGAGGAACGGCUUUGCAACGCGGUGUCCACGUCCCAUGGUCUUGACCGGCACACGGUCUUGGAGCAGCUAGAGCUCAGUGUUAAGGAUGGAACAGUUCUUAAGGUCUCCAAUAAAGGGCAGAAUUCUUACAAAGACCCCGAUAACCCUGGGAGAUUCGCAAUGACUAAAACUACCAGGCAUCACGGACGCCCGGAGGGUGUGGACUGGCAUCGGCUCUUGAGGAGGGCACUGGAAGGCUUGUCCGAGCCGGGGGGCUCCUCUCUGAAGAGCGUCGAGCGGUUCCUGCGGAGCCAGAGGGACGUCGCCGCCGCCUUUGGGGGCAACACCGGCGCGGCGUUCCACCAGCAGCUGCGGCUUGCGGUCAAGCGGGCCCUGGGCCACGGAAGAAUUGUCAAGGAAGGCUCGCUGUAUAAGCUGAAUGCCAAGGCGGUAGAGAGCAGGCACGGGUGGGAGUCCCUGGCCUCGCUGCCCCCUGUAUGUCUGCUCCCUCAUGAAAAGGACAAGCCGGUAGCAGAACCCAUCCCCAUAUGCAGUUUCUGUCUGGGAACGAAGGAGCAUAACCGGGAGAAGAAGCCGGAGGAGCUCAUCUCGUGCGCAGACUGCGGCAACAGCGGUCACCCGUCGUGUCUCAAGUUCUCCCCCGAGCUAACACUGCGUGUGAAAGCCCUGCGCUGGCAAUGUAUCGAAUGCAAAACCUGCAGCUCGUGCCGCGAUCAAGGCAAAAAUGCUGACAAUAUGCUGUUCUGUGAUUCGUGUGACCGUGGCUUUCACAUGGAGUGCUGCGAGCCCCCUCUCACGAGGAUGCCAAAAGGCAUGUGGAUAUGUCAGAUCUGCCGGCCAAGGAAGAAAGGUCGGAAAUUACUUCACAAGAAGGCCGCGCAGAUCCGCCGGCGUUACACCAACCCCAUCGGGCGUCCCAAGAACCGCUUAAAGAAGCAAAGCGCGACGACUAAAGGCCCGUUUGGGAAAGGCCGGGGGAACCCAGGCCGAGGGAGAAAACGUAAGCUGUCCUCGUGUACGUCGUCGUCGUCCUCAGAGGAGGACAGUAGGAGUUCAGAUCCUUCCGUGAGUUCUGGUACAGCCGUCCCCUUCAACAAAAAAACCAAGGGUCUUAUUGACGGAUUGACGAAGUUCUUUACUCCCUCACCCGAUGGGCGUAAGGCACGGGCAGAAGCACUUGACUACUCCCUGCAGCGGUCACGGAAGAGAGGCCCGCGCAAGUCUGGCCAGGGGGACUGGGACAAUCAAGACGGUUGGGACAGCAAGCUGGAUGGGGAUGAUCAACUUGGCAUGAUGUCCGAAAAAGAAAUUGAGCUCUUCCAAAAUAUCCAGGAGCAGGCACUGCAGAGAGUUGGAGUCAGUGGACCUCCGGACCCACAGAUGCGCUGCCCAUCAGUCAUAGAGUUUGGGAAGUACGAGAUCCAGACGUGGUACUCCUCGCCCUACCCGCAAGAGUACACAAGGCUGCCCAAACUGUACCUGUGUGAGUUCUGCCUCCGUUACAUGAAAAGCCGCACCAUGCUGCAGCAACAUACCAAGAAAUGCAGCUGGUACCAUCCGCCUGCCAACGAAAUCUACCGCAAGGACAACCUUUCAGUCUUUGAGGUGGAUGGAAAGGUGAGCACCAUUUACUGCCAAAACCUCUGCCUCCUGGCGAAGCUCUUUUUGGACCACAAGACUCUGUAUUACGACGUGGAGCCUUUCCUCUUCUACGUGCUGACGCAGAACGACGCGAAGGGCUGUCAUCUUGUUGGAUAUUUCUCCAAGGAGAAACACUGCCAGCAGAAGUACAACGUGUCCUGCAUCAUGAUCCUCCCUCAGUACCAGAGGAAAGGAUACGGCCGCUUUCUCAUAGACUUCAGUUACCUCCUGUCGAAGCGGGAGGGACAAGCUGGUUCUCCCGAAAAGCCGCUGUCUGAUCUCGGACGGCUGUCAUACAUGGCGUACUGGAAAAGCGUGAUACUUGAGUGUCUGCACCACAACCGCGAUCGGCAACUGAGCAUCAAGAAACUUACCAAGCUUACUGGUAUCUGCCCCCAGGACAUUGCCGCCACCCUGCAGCAACUGCGCAUGUUGGAGCAGCGAGGAGAUCGGGUUGUUUUGGUACGUCGGGAAAAGCAGAUCCAGACCCACAUGAGCCGCUUGCAGGCCCGGCCGCGGGAAGUGGAAGUGGACCCCGAGGCUCUGAGGUGGACCCCGGUUAUUGUCACGAAUUCUGUAGUAUCGGAUGAUGAAGAGGAGUCCGAAGAGGAAGAGGACGAAGAACAUCCGCAGAGGCUGAAGGACAACGGUCAGCAGAUCCUGAGAGGCAUGGACUUUAAGGAUUUUAAGGAGCGAGACACUUGUCCUGUCUUGGAGAAAGAAAAGAGUCCACCACCGCUUCCAAUUCGCUCCUCGUCUCCGCCAUCUCGCUACCCAAACCCUCUUCAGCUUCAGGAUCUCUUUCGUGAAAGCUUACCAGCCAAUAGACAGCCGGGGAGAGGUCGCAGAGGCAGACGUGGUCGACGAGGCCGUGGCCUUGGAGCUACUAACAGGGCCGCCGAUCUUCUGCGACUUCUGGCCAGGGAACCUACUGGCCCUCCUAGACGCAACGGGGAAAGGGGUCGUCCUGUAUCUCGGAGGGGUAGACUGAAGAGGCUGGCGACCCCUCUUUUGCGUAGAGACUUUUUGGAGCAUCAGGAGAGACUGUCGCAGCGCUUUGAAAGUGAGCGCCCACAGCUGAGAAGAUUCAGUGAAAGCAGCGAGGAGGAAGAGGAUGACGACGACGACGAUGAGGAAGAGGAGAACCAUAGUCUUCGCUCUGAUUCCCCUCCUACACUUACCAAACCCACACUUAAACGCAAGAAGCCCGGGCCGCACAGGAGACGCCGAGUGCGCCAGCGCAAGCACCGCCAUAACAGCAGUGUCGUUACCGAGACCAUUUCAGAGACCACCCAGGUUCUGGACGAGCCCUUUGAUUCGGACUCUGAGAGGCCAAUGCCUAGGCUGGAGCCUGAGGAGGGCAAUGGGGUACCUUUCACCCAAGGUUACUUCCCCUACCUCACCCCUCAUACCCUUCUGAGGCGUAACCGCCCAUUAAACAAGAGGAGAUUGAACAGCGAGCAAUCACAAGGGCCACCAAAUCAACCCCCUGCCUCGACUGUGCGUUCCACAGAGCAGAGCGUCUCUGUACCCGAACCCUGUGCACCUGCCCCUAUAAAAAAGAAAGGGUGGCCCAAGGGCAAGAGCAGGAAGCCCCUCCACUGGAAGAAGCGUCCUGGACGGAAACCUGGCUUCAAACUCAACCGCGAUCCUCCUCCACCAGCACCCAUCCAUCCUCCACCCACCAGGCCAAUCCGCAAGACAAGGACCAGGGAAGAAGAGCCUCCUGAAGAAGAACUUCUGGAGAGAAAAGAUCAAGAGGAGGAGGAGCGGCAAGCUGUGGUUGAGAAGACUAGAGAAGAGGAGGAGGAAACGGUUAAUGAUACCAUACAGCCAGCAUCCCCUUCUGAAAGCAGCAGCAGUAGUAGUUGUGGCGGCUCAUCUCGGGAAGCUGAGAACCAUCCAGCGUCUCCAGAGAGGCAGACAGAAGCUGGAGAGGAGGCACAACCCGUGGCAGAAGAGAUUGGGCAAGAAGAAGAGGAGAGAGCUGAAGAAAAGGAGGCCACCGCGACUGCGUCUAACCAGCACGAAGACCAUGAUGCCGAUGAUGAGGAUGACGGAGUGAAAGAGGUAGAUGAGAGUGAGGAGUUAGAGCAGGGACCUGCCCCCGAGGAACCGGUUCCACAGGAACCAAGUAUUGUAAGUUGCAGAGAAGAGGAAGAAAAAGAGGAGAGUGGGCAAGAGGCCACAGACAUGCCUGACCCUCCUUGUCUAGAGGAGGAGGAAGAAGAAGAGAGCCAACAGAAGGUAGAUGAACAGCAAAAGGAGGAGGAGGAAGAGGACGAGGAAGGAGAGGGUGAAGAAGAAAUCCCCCACACAGAGCUGGAUUUGGAGACCGUGCAGGCAGUGCAGUCGCUCACGCAGGAAGAGGGCAGUGACCGAGACGAUGCCGCGUAUGGCGACUGUGAAGAUGAAACUCUAACGGCCUGCCAGACUUUGCAGAGUUUCACGCAGGCAGAGGAGGACCCUCAGCUGGGCUUGUCUGAGGAGUGCCAUCCUUCAGCCCACGGCAGCCCGAUCUCCUCGGUACACUCCCACCCCAGCCAGUCUGUGCGCUCGGCUAGCAGUCCUUGCGUUCCACCAGCCUUGGAAAACAACGGAGCUAGUGGGUAUCCGCAGAUCAGCCCAGACGCAGGAUCCCUCUCUGCGCCUUCUAUGCAGAAUCUUGAAACGACCAGCCCUAUGAUGGAUGUACCGUCUGUUUCAGACCAUUCUCAGCAGGUUGUUGAUAGUGGAUUCAGUGACUUGGGGAGCAUUGAGAGCACAACUGAGAACUAUGAGAACCCCAGCAGUUAUGACUCUAGCAUGGGAGGUGGUAGCAUUUCCUCGCAGAGCAGCUGUUCAUAUGCCAGCGGUGGCAAUGCCGGUGGCGCCGGGGGAAUGCCUUCCUCGGCUAGUCUGGCACAGAAUGGCUGUGCUGUAAGCCAGCAAAUGGCUGGGAUGGCAAGCAUGAUGCAGACAACGCAAGCCUGUAUAAAGUCGCCUCAGAGCUGUGCCUCGGAGCGGCCACCUAGCAGCAGCAACAGCCAGCCGCCACCGCCACCCCCUCCACCGCCUCCGUUGCCCCCGCAGCAGCCCCAGCCUCCCCCUCAGCAACAGCCCCCUAUGUCCCAGUGCAGCAUGAACAACAGCUUUGGACCUUCACCCAUGAUUAUGGAGAUACCAGACCAGAGCAAUGGUAGCAACCUCAGCAUUUACCCGGGGGAUUUUGGUGCCGGGGGUUACUCCCAGCCCUCAGCCACCUUCAGCUUGGCCAAGCUGCAGCAACUUACCAACACUAUCAUGGACCCUCAUGCUAUGCCUUACAGCCAUGCUCAGGCCGUCACCUCCUAUGCAAACAGUGUGUCCCUUUCCAAUUCAGGCCUUUCCCAGCUCACCUCCUCCCACCCCCUGGCGGGAGCACCCCAAGCACAAGCCACCAUGACACCUCCCCCUUCAAUGAACCUCCUUCAGUGCAACAUGUCAGCGGGCAACUUGGGCAUCCCUCAUAGCCAGCGUAUUCAGAGCCAGAUGCCCGUCAAGGGGCAUAUAUCCAUUCGCUCCAAAUCUGCCCCACUGCCUGCGGCUCCAUCCCCUCACCAGCAGCAGCUAUACGGGCGCAGCACGCCGGGCAUGCAGCCAUCUGCCCGGGCACUCACCGUCCAGCGGAGCAUGAACAUGGGCGUCAACCUCAUGUCCACAUCGCCAUACAACGUCAACACCAUGAACCCGCUCAAUGCCAUGGGCGGCUACCGCAUGUCCCAGCCUAUGGUCAACAGCUCUUAUCACAGCAACGCAGCUUAUAUGAACCAGACAACACAGUAUCCCAUGCAGGUUGGCAUGGGCAUGAUGGGUGCCCAGGCCUAUACCCAACAACCUAUGCAGCCGAAUCCCCAUGGAAAUAUGAUGUACACACCACCCCCUCACCACUCCUAUAUGAAUUCCCCUGCUGUACCCAAACAAACUCUCAACUCUCCUUACAUGCGGAGAUGAGGGGGGUGGGGGGCACCGCUUCUCUUCUACCCAUCGGCGUUCUCAUGCAGACUAUAAAUACGGCCUUUUAUACUGACAGGACUUUUAUUCCCUCUCCCUUGUAUCCCUUUGCUGUAGAUUUAAUAUUAUAUGUUUUUUAUUGUUAUUUUAUUUCCUCCUUACAAAAAAAAUAAUAUUUUGUGGGGUUAACUUGUUUUUCUUUUCUGUAGAAAGGUUUUUUUUUUUUUUGUUUUUCUAUUCAUUUUAUCUUUCACUCUCUCCAGUUUAUACAAAAGUGUCGGCGGAAAAAAGAUUCCACCUUAUCCCCCUUUCCAACUUUUUUUUUAUAUAUAUAUAUGUAUACAACGGAAAGCAAAAAAAAAAAAAAUAUAGCAGAUAUUAAAAAAAAAACAAAAAAAAAAACAGUUUAGCGGAAAAUCGCACGGAAAUAGGAAAA